AAGCUGCGGUCCAAGAGCCAAGCCUUGCCUCGCCUCCUCAGUUCGCUGCGCCACCGCUGGCGAAGCCACCAUCUGUCGGAGCGAGUGGCUGAACUCUACUGUCUGGGAAAAGAGAGACUCUGCGCUCCGCGGAAAGCUUUGCCGUUCCCCCGCAGGAAAACGGACAAAACUGGAGUAAAAUGUCAGAAGUUCGGAAAUUUACCAAAAGGUUGAGUAAACCCGGAACGGCGGCAGAGUUAAGGCAGAGCGUCUCGGAAGCCGUGCGGACCUCAGUUGUUGUGGAGAAGCCAAAGAUUAUUGAGCCCCUGGAUUACGAGAAUGUUGUCUUCCAAAGGAAAGCGCAGAUCCAUAGUGAUCCACACAGAGACCUUCUGCUGUGCCCGGUUGAUGAUGUCUCGGAGUCAUCAAUUCCUCGACAGAGAAGAACUGUACAUUCCUCUGUGCCUCAGAAUGCUGAGAAAGAAGCCAGGGACUUGUUUGCCAAAGAGUGUAUAAAGGUGUACAACAUGGAUUGGCAUGUUAUCAACUACAAAUACGAGGCUUAUUCAGGAGAUUUCAGGAUGCUUCCCUGCAAAGGCUUCAAGACAGAAAAACUACCAACCCACGUCUUUGAAAUUGAUGAAGAUACAAAAGAUGAGGACUCCUCUUCGCUAUGUUCUCAGAAAAGAGAGAUCGUGAAGCAGGGAUGGCUCUCCAAAGCGAACAUGAACAGUAGCCUCUCUGUUUCCAUGAGGGCGUUCAAGAGAAGAUACUUCUACUUGACCCAGCUCCCGGAUGGCUCGUACACUCUGAGUUCGUACAAGGAUGAGAAAAACUGCAAGGAUACCAAAGGAUCUAUUUACCUUGAUUCUUGUGUUGAUGUCGUUCAGUGCCCUAAAAUGCGGCGGAAUGGAUUUGAGUUGAAGAUGCAGGAUGGCUGCAACCACUACCUGGCUGCAGAGAGCGAGCAGGAAAUGGAGGAGUGGGUCAGCACACUGAAGAAUGUCCUUCAGAGCAGUGCAGAGCCUCUGCUUCAGGACAAGAGGAAUGGAGACACAAUCGACUGCUCUCUGGAUGACGAAGUCAGCAGCCAGGGGAAAUCGGAAAGCUUGAUGGAGAGCCUGGGCCGGAGCAUGCACCCCGAGCUGAUGAAGUACGCCAGAGAAACAGAUCAACUUAAUAAAAUUAACAGGAACGAUGGCCGACACAAGCUGUUCGCACUGGAUCCUGAAACACAGAGACUGGACUUCUCAGGAAUCGAACCGGAUGUGAAGCCCUUUGAGGAGAAGUUUGGCCGACGGAUUUUGGUCAAUUGCCAUGAUUUAACAUUCGCCCUGCAAGGCUGUGUGAAUGAAAAAAAUGAUGCGGUGCCAACAAACGUGGAACCCUUCUUUAUCAGUCUCGCGCUGUUUGAUGUCGCAAAAAAUUGCAAAAUAUCAGCAGACUUUCAUGUGGAUCUGAACCCUCCCUGCGUGCGAGAGAUGCUGUCUGAGACCCUGGACCAGGCUGGCAGAGAACAGGAACCAGGAGGCAUUUCAGCCACCCUGCCUGUCCUUCAGAGAGUGACCGAGUCGCUGCUCCAGUUCCCCAGACAGGGGAUUUUCUCCGUCACAAACCCCCAUGCCGACAUUUUCCUGGUGGCAAGAAUAGAGAAGGUGCUGCAGAAUGGGAUCACUCAUUGUGCUGAGCCAUACAUCAAGACGUCCGAUGUGAACAAGACUGCUCAGAAAGUACUGAAGGCUGCCAAGCAGACGUGUGCAAGGCUUGGGCAGUACAGAAUGCCUUUCGCAUGGGCUGCCAAACAGGUGUUUAAAGAUGCCCAGGGCAGCCUGGACAUGGAUGGGAAGUUCUCUCCUCUGUACCGACAGGACAGCAGCAAGCUUUCAAAUGAGGAUCUCAUUAAAUUUCUCCUGGAUAUCAAGAAGCCUGAGAAGACAAAGCUCCAGAUUAUUCCUGGCCAGUUAAACAUCAACAUUGAAUGUGUACCCCCUGAUUUUCCAAACUCUGUGACAACGUCCUACAUCCCUCUCAAGCCCUUUGAGCCAGAGUGUGAGACAGUCUCUGUGGAAAUUGAAGAAUUUGUUCCCGAAGAAGCAAAAUACAAUUAUCCGUACACAAUUUACAAAAACCAUCUCUACAUUUACCCCCUGCAACUGAAAUACGACAAUCAAAAAACAUUUGCUAAGGCAAGGAACAUAGCCGUGUGUGUGGAGUUCAGAGACUCAGAUGAAGAGGCAGCUGGGGCUUUGAAGUGUAUCUACGACAAACCUGGUGGCCCUCUGUUUACAACCAGUGCCUUUGCAGCUGUGUUGCAUCAUAACCAGAACCCAGAGUUCUACGAUGAGAUUAAAAUUGAGCUGCCCAUCCACCUCCAUGAGAAGCACCACGUGCUCUUCACCUUCUACCAUAUCAGCUGUGAAUACAACUCUAAGACCUCUACCAAGAAGCGGGAUGGGGUUGAGUCACUGGUGGGUUACGCCUGGUGUCCACUCCUGAGAGAUGGCAGAGCCGGCUCAGUAGAGCAGCAGUUGCCUGUCUCUGCUAACCUGCCUGCAGGCUACCUGUGUGACAAGAGUGGAGAUUCAAGAAAGACAUCACCGGACAUUAGAUGGGUUGAUAAUGCCAAACCACUGUUUAAAGUAAGAACCAAUGUGGUUUCCACCAUCUAUACUCAGGACACUCACUUGCAUAAGUUUUUCCAGCACUGCCAGAUGCUCCAGUCAGGGCCACAGGAGAGCCCAGCUGAACUUGUGAAGUAUUUAAAGUGCCUUCAUGCCAUGGAGACUCAGGUCAUCAUCAAGUUCCUCCCCACAGUUCUCAUCCAGCUGUUCCAGGUCCUCACCAUGGUGACAAAGGACCACCAGGAAAUAGCUGUUAAUUCUACCAGGGUCAUCAUUCACAUUGUUUCAAAAUGCCAUGAGGAAGGCUUGGACCAUUACUUACGCUCUUUUCUCAAGUAUGUCUUUGUGACGAAAAAGCCAUCAUCUUCAAAUCCGAUGACAACACAUGAAGUCCUGGCCACAGCAGUGACAGCCAUUCUCAAGCAGUCUGCUGACUUCCUCACCAUUAACAAGCUGCUGAAGUAUUCCUGGUUUUUCUUUGAGACCAUGACAAAGUCAAUGGCACAGUAUUUACUGGAAGGAAAUAAAAUCAAGAUGCCUAGAGCACAGAGAUUCCCAGACACCUAUCAUCAAGCCCUGCAGUCCUUGCUCCUGGCGAUAAUGCCACACAUCACCAUUCGCUACGCGGAGAUUCCCGAGGAGGCCCGGAACGUCACUCUGGGCUUGGCCAACUUUAUCAAGCGGUGUUUUACGCUCAUGGACAGAGGAUUCGCGUUCAGCCUUGUAAAUGACUACAUUUGUGGUUUUAGCCUUAAAGACCCCAAGGUUCUUACAGAGUUCAAGUUUGAUUUCCUAAUGACCGUUUGCUAUCAUGAGCACUAUAUUCCUCUCAAUCUGCCUAUGACUUUCGGAAAAACCAAACUUCAGAGAGUGCAAGACCUAAAUCUGGAGUACAGCUUAACAGAAGAAUACUGUAAGAACCAUUUUCUUGUUGGGCUGCUGAUGAGGGAGCUGGCCUUGGCCCUGCAGGACUGCUCUGAUAUACGGCACCUUGCUGUGUCUGUGCUGAAAAACCUCAUGAUAAAACACACGUUUGACGACAGAUACACAGCAUACAAGAACCAACAGGCAAGAAUAUCUCUUCUGUACUUGCCCCUGUUCGAGCUGCUGUAUCAAAACAUCGACUACCUCUCAAUGAGGGACUCUUCAGGGCUGUAUAGUGGCCUGCAUGUUAGUGCUUCCAGGGAUGAUUUGUAUGCCUCUCCACCCAGUCAACACAAUAGGUCCAGCGCCAUCAUAGACAAAGAUCUAAGCUACACUGCUCAAAAUGGUCACACAGUAAAGCGUGAGGACUCCCGGGGUUCCCUCUUCAUCGAGCCUGGCACACCUGACACUACCGAUGGGAUCCACAGACGCAGCUCAACAAUGAGUGCCAUGCCACCAUUACACAGGCUGGGUCACUAUGAGGUCAGAAGUCUUCUGAUAAUAUGCCUCGUGCAGUUCCGAUACAUUGGAAGAAGGAACAUUAGCAGGAGCCAGGAGGCCUGGGUUUCUAAGCACUUUGCCCCAGAAAGGAAGUCCCAGACCAUGCCUGCCAUGCGUAGCAGACCGGGGCUGAUACAGACCAGGUUGCAGCAGCUCAGCACAAUGGACAUCUCCUUCACUUUGAACCCUGGUGUUGGAACAUCUGACGCAGAUCCCAGCCAUCAGUCUUUGCUGGAAGGCAACAUUGCCACAGAGGUGUGCCUCACAGUGUUGGAUGUCAUCUCCCUGUUCACUCAGAGCUUUAAGACCCAGCUCCUAGACAGCGAUGGCCACAACCCACUAAUGAAGAAAGUAUUCGAUAUCUACUUGGCUUUUCUCAAGACGGGUCAGUCUGAGGCUGCCCUCAAACACGUCUUUGCUUCUCUCAGAGCCUUUAUCAACAAGUUUCCCUCUGCAGUGUUCAAGGGAAGGGUGAACCUGUGUGCGGCCUUCUGCUAUGAGGUGCUCAAGUGCUGUACAUCGAAGCUCAGCUCCACUCGGAGUGAGGCUUCCUCUUUGCUGUAUUUCCUCAUGAGGAACAACUUUGAGUACACCAAAAGGAAAACCUUCCUUCGGACACACUUGCAGAUCAUCAUUGCUGUCAGCCAACUCAUUGCAGAUGUGGCUCUCACAGGGGGAUCUCACUUUCAGGAGUCCCUCUCCAUCAUCAACAACUUUGCCAACAGUGACAAGGCCAUGAAGAUGACUGUGUUCCCUUCCGAAGUGAAGGACCUGACAAAGAAAAUCCGCACUGUGCUGAUGGCCACAGCUCAGAUGAAGGAGCAUGAGAAGGACCCAGAGAUGCUGGUCGACCUGCAGUAUAGCCUGGCCAAGUCCUAUGCCAGCACCCCUGAGCUCAGGAAAACCUGGCUGGAGAGCAUGGCCAAAGUGCAUGUGAAGAAUGGAGACUUCUCUGAGGCAGCAAUGUGUUAUGUCCAUGUGGCAGCACUAGUGGCGGAGUACUUGCACCGCAAAAAAACCUUUCCAAGUGGACUCUCUGCAUUUAAAAAGAUUACCUUGAAUAUUGAUGAAGAAUCUGCCAUGAAGGAAGAUGUUGGAAUGCAAGAUGUCUAUUACUCUGAGGAGAUCCUGGUGGAGCUGCUGGAGCUCUGUGUGGAUGGUCUGUGGAAAGCAGAGAGAUACGAGUUAAUAGCCGAAGUCUCCAAGUUCAUCAUUCCAGUUUAUGAGAAGCGGCAUGAGUUUGAGAAACUCAGUCACCUGUACAACACACUGCAUCGUGCCUAUACCAAAGUUAUAGAGGUGAUGCACUCAGGAAGAAGACUGCUGGGAACAUUUUUCAGAGUUGCUUUCUAUGGACAGUGUUUCUUUGAAGAGGAGGAUGGUAAGGGGUACAUCUACAAAGAGCCCAAGUUGACAGGGCUCUCCGAGAUCUCGCAGAGACUCCUGACUCUUUAUGGUGACAAGUUUGGUAGUGAAAAUGUGAAGAUUAUACAAGACUCCAAUAAGGUGAACCCUAAACAGUUAGACCCAAAGUAUGCAUACAUCCAAGUAACCUUUGUCAAGCCUUACUUUGAUGAGAAGGAGCUGUCAGAGAAAAAAACAGGCUUUGAAAAAAACCACAACAUUAACCGGUUUGUGUUUGAGACUCCGUAUACCCUGUCGGGGAAGAAGCAUGGGGGUGUUGAAGAGCAGUGCAAGAGGAGAACCAUCCUGACAACCACAAAUACAUUCCCAUAUGUGAAAAAGAGGAUUGCUGUCAUGUAUGAGCAUCAGAUGGACUUGAAACCCAUCGAGGUGGCCAUUGACGAGAUGCAGGACAGAACAGCUGAGCUGCAGAAGCUGUGCUCUACUUCAGAGGUGGACAUGAUUCAGCUGCAGCUGAAGCUGCAGGGCUGUGUCUCAGUGCAGGUAAAUGCAGGACCCAUGGCUUAUGCAAGAGCAUUUCUUGAUGCUGAUAAAUCCAGCAAGUAUGGAGGCAAGAAAGUAAAGGAGCUGAAAGAAAUAUUCCGGAAAUUUGUACAGGCUUGCAGCAUUGCUCUGGACUUCAAUGAGCGCUUGAUUAAGGAGGACCAGUUUGAGUACCAUGAAGGACUGAAAUCCAACUUCAAAGACUUGGUCAAAGAACUCUCUGACAUCAUCAAUGAACAGAUUUUCCAGGAGGACAUGAUGCACUCUUUGCUUCAGAACUCCAUGCAUGUUUUCCGAGCGAUCAGUGGCACGUCGUCCGACCUAGGAUAUGGAUCACCAUGCCACUCCUUUCCACCGACCAUGUAAAUCCUUCCUUUGGGAACAGUGAGAGCCUGGGAAAAGAAAUGCAUUAUUUAUAUAUAAACUUUCAUUCAGUGUGUAUAUAAAUGAGACCCAGAACUUUUUCUACUGUAUGCAACUGCCCUUUCCUUACAAACACAAGAAGAUAGGACAGGAUUAGAUAGGAUGUUUGAUCAAGGUAAAAAACAGAUAGAAUCCCAAUUAAAAUGAAUCAUUUUUUGACUUCUGUCCUAAAGCCAGUUUUCUCAGUGGAGGUCAGUUCUCAGUAUUACAUUUUUUAUCUUACUGGCUCAUCUUACUGGAUGUAAAAAAAAUGCCAUAGUUCACAGAUGUUCUUUUUGCAGAUAAAGAUUGGAAGCCUGUAAUAAAAGUUUGCCAACAAAAUCAUCCUGAGUUUUUGAGAGCAGAUCGGAAAUGUCUCAAGAGUUCAGUGUAAAGCAACAAAGUCUUAACUGUACUGUAGAUGCACCACAUAUCAGUCCAAGGAAAAUUAAAUUAAGGACCUGUUAACUUCAGUAUAUGAAAGGUACAACUGAUACAUCUUGCCAACUUACCUAUAACUGUUAAGGUGCCCUUCAAAUCUUUUUUAUAAUAAAUAAAUUAUUGGAUUAAUUAUUGCAGUUCAUUAAAAAGCAUCACUAUAUAUACUGUAUAUCUCUAUAUGAUGAAGAUUUGUUAUGACUUUUAUGGAGAUUCUGACUCAAUAAAAAUGAAUAAGAUGAGUUUUUGUUGAUAGAAUCACGUGUAAAAAAAACUGGCACCUCUUGUCCUUUCUUACAAAAACACAUAUGACCUGUCAAACCAGAUUUUAACUUUUACUUGACACUCUUUCCCACUUUUGGGUUUAGAUAGUAAGAAGAUAAUUCUAUACAGGUCAACUUCACUAUUAGAGAGGAUACAUUGCCUACGUCACUGUGUCUUAUUUAAAGUGCAUAAGGUUGUAUUAAUAGCAUUCCUCACCACUAUAGUUUGUAAUACAAAACUCUUCAAUAUUUGUCAGCAAUAGCUACCUUUUGGCAUACAGUAUAUUUGACCAAAGUGCUUCAUCUGUUUAAAUUACUGUUUAAUUAGAUUUUACAGUAAAUCAAUCUUGUACUCAAGAGCUGGGUUUGUGAGCAGAAAUGACCAUCUGUUUUGUUUUUAGAUCAAUAACUGGGAGAAAAUAAACAGAGUAAACAAAUCUUUCAUCGUGGUCUUAAAGCAGAGAAAAAUAUAAAUUUUCAUUUUAAAUGUUUAUUCCAAUAUGCAAAAGAGAGGAUAAAAUGCACAAAGAAUGCAUUAAUUUACAUUGCAAUAUAAAGUGCACAUGAAUCCGUUUUGUUGGUUUAUCAACAUGGGGGCGAAAGAAAAAAUGAAUGUACUUCAAAUUGGUUUUAAAAUUAAAUGGUUUUAUUACAAUUUACUAUUCAUCUGAUGAGUCACUUUGAAAUUUAACCAUGUCAUACCUAAAUGAAUCUGUCUUCUGGAUCCUUAAAAACACAUUGACUAAUUUUAUUGGUAAUACAUAUAGGCACUAAUUUUCUAACCCUGGACAGCUUAUUGUUAAUUUAGAUUUGCAGUUUUAGGACUAUUGCCAGUCAGGGUGUAGUUUCAUUGUUAGUGUCUUAGAGAACUGGGUGAAGUAUUAACAGCUGUGCAUUGAAAAGAAAAAAAGUUUCUGCAGCGGAGUGGAAAUUGCCUCACUCUUGAGCCCGUUAACCACAUCCUUCAGCAUUGUGGGGAAGGGCAUCGGCUAUAAGUCUUGGUUUCUCUGCUGUGCCAGAUGUGUUUGUAACCAGUUUUAAAGAAGAGUGACCUUUGCGCUGAUUACUGGAAUAUUCAGGGACAUGUUCCUCAAACAAAACCACAACAAAAAUGGUCUUUAAAUCAAAUAUAUCUAAUGCUCUUUCUACUUAUGUUAAUGCUUACAGGCACAAAUUCUUUUCUUAAUAGUUAUAGGCUUCAUUCAAUGAUAGAAAAACAGGCAGGCAGUACCACAUUCAAAUAUAGCCGGAGCACAGAAGAAUUUAGGGAUAGCCUCACAGUUCAGUAAAUUUCAGGAGAUGUAAACUGUCAUGUAUUGUUGACAGCAGAACCCAUUUAAGAACUGCCCACAUACCUAUACCAUACAAAUGUACAGUACAUAGAUAAGUACACAGAGGGUGCUGUUUAGAACAUGGCAAUGAUGGGCAGCUCCAAGACAGAGGUGUCCAGAUCUGCAGAGUACCUGCUCUUACUCUUCCUGUAGAUCCCCAUCUCUGAAACCCAUUAUUUCAGUGGGUUACCUGCGUAUGCUUGGACAGUGCCUCACCCUGUCAACCCUGUGUCAGAGUAAAGUUUCUCACUGGCAUUAGAGAUUCACCAAAAACAUUUGCCAAUAAUGACUCUGCCAGUCCAUCUGAUUAGACUGUUUCAAAAAAAAAUUCAACCCUUUUUAAAUAAAUACUAUAGUUACUAACGUGAGACUUGGAUAUUAAAAAUUCAGAUAAGCUUACCAUAUGCUAACAGCUGUCCAAACAGAGCUCAAGGUAGUUACUAUACUUGCCUGUUUAAAUUUCAAAUCUUUCAGCCUGUGAACUCCAUAAAUUGUCCAGGAUCCAGUCACAAAAUCCAAUCUCAGUACUAAAGGAAAGGUCUGUCUUUGCCAAAUCACUUCUGCAUUGUGAUACGUUUUCCAGUAUCCUACUUUCAUUAUAUUUGUCAUAAGCCACCUAUAUAAAUAAGAUUGGGUACAUUUUAUAAAAACAUUCAUCACAAAAUCAUUUCCUGAAAGAGCAACAAAAAAGGGCUGUUUAACUUUAAGAGUUUAAUAGAUGUAGGUAUUGCACAAAAAUAAGGUACUGAUGAACAGAUCUAAUUCAAAUAUGUUACCUAGUUACUAAUAAAAAAAAGGCAAGAAGUAAUUAAUUGUCAUUGCUGUUUCCACUAAAGAAAAAAUAACAGUUGAUAAAAUGUUAGGCUCUCCACCAAAAAAACACAUACUUCCCUAAUAUUUCAGAUACAGUACUGUAUACUGUAUUAAGCAAUUAACUGGGGCUCAAAUAAGAAAAUUCUGUUUUAGUGCUUUUUAUUUUUUAGACAAAGUGAUUGGCCAAAGGUACCUCAUUGAUCCACUUUUCCACACCCAUUUUCAGUAGACGCAGUUUGUAGAUGCUCAGCACAAAAGAUGACUUCCUAAUUAAAAUUAAAAAUAGCUCUGUAAAAAUAUGCAUUUAAUAAGACAUCAAACGGUUCAGAUCAGUCCUUGGUUUGUGGUGGAAAGGGGUUCUUAUUAUUAUAUACUGUUUGACUAUGCCUUAAAACAAAUUUCCCCAAAGGGAAUAAUAAAGCUUAAACCUUGAACUGAAAUUGUUUUGUAGAGAGAGAAAAACACUGCUUGUUAGAUACACACAGCCAAGGCAUAGGUCAACACCACAGAAUGUUACCACUUUGUAAUUGACUAGAGCUCUGUACUCUUAACACAGCAACACACGUCACUACAAGCAAACAUACCUAACAUGGAGACAACCCAGGCUGCACAAAGUCAGAGCUGGAACUCAGCCCUGGGGUACUCUUAAAACAGCAACAAUAGAGAGAAAAAAAAGUGUUCAACUUUGUGUUAACACUUAUGUAUUCAUACUCUAAAAAGACACAAAAGAUUUUGUGAAGAGUAAUAAUAAAUUUCUACUCUGUGUUUCAGAUGCUUUGUUAUUAUUGGAAUAUUUCUGCUAAAAAUAAAGCUUAGGAAAGAUAAAGACACCAUUUCGCUGGGCUGGGGCUACUGAGACUUACACUAAAACCAGUGUUUGUUUGCUUUAUUUCUGUCCAAAUAGGGGUAGUGACUGAAUCUGUAUAAAAUAAAAUAAAUCAGGGUUUUACUGACAUCAUUGUAUAAUACCAUAGUCUUUUCCGAUUAUGGAUUUAAUUCUAAGUUCUUGAACACAACCCUUGAUCAAAAAAAAAGUGAAUUUUUCAUUACUUAAACUGCAGAGGUUUCAAUAUACCUAUAAAAUGUUAUGGUUUAAAUCACCUAGAAAACUGAAUGAGGCUUGAAUGGAUUGUUUAGAGAUUUUUGUGUUUUAAAAAAAUGAACCUACUGUGGAAAAUCAGUAAGCUUUUGUUGACAGGAACAAAUCGCAAAAUUCACAAAACUUACCUGCAUGUGUCAGAUGAAGUUACUUGGUAAAAGGGAUAUACGUCUCCAGUGCUUUCACUUAACCUACAGGGAAGCAGUUAUCAGCAAGGGCACUGAUGACAUUUUGAGGGCAUCUGAAUCAAACAUCUUCCUCUUUUUGCAUCCCAUGUCUUGUUUCAAAGAGCAUGCUGUCCCAUGUUCUGCACAUGUUUCGCAAGAUGGCAGGAUCUUUUUUUGUUUCUGUUUGGUGUUAGCCUUCAUUUGCUUGAUUAGAAACAUUUAAUGGCUGGAAAAAGGGUUCAUAGCAAGUAGCUUUUUAGUCUGUCAUAAUGUUUAAAUCACCAGCCUAAAACGGCUGUUAAAACACGUGAAUUAUAUCCAGAUAAGACAGUAAUUCAUUUGAGAUCAUUUGAGAAUGGACCUAUUUGCAUUUCAAUUGAAUUGCACACAAGAGAAAAUGUGUUUUUCUUUUCAUUCUCUUACACCAAUGAAAUAUAGAAUCAAAUGAGAAAUGAUUCCCUUUGGUAGCACAGGACACAACAGAAGCUUCUGACUUCCAGGACUUCCACUGUAAUCAACAUCUGGUCUGAAUCAUUGAGAGCCCCAGGUGGAACAACAACUUAACCUGAUCUGCAAUAAAACCAUUGUACAGUCCCGGUCCUGGAAGGUCUCAGUGCCUGCACGUGUUUCAUUUCACCUCUGGUCUUACUGACCUAAUAGAGCUUUAAGCAUUGAUUUACACAUUAGAGGUCUUCAACUGUUAAUCAUUGAAAGACACCUAGGAAAUCUUCUGUUCCUCAAGGACUAAAGCCGUUCAUUUUUGGUGCAGAACAGAGAUGUCCAUUCUUCAGUCUGUUUGGGGAUUUUCAUUCCAAUUGUUUACAACAUCAGUUAGCUCAUUGUUGGUUUAAAUUGGACUAAUUUAACAACAUAAGGCUCUUCGGGUGCUGAUACUUUCAAGAGUCCAAGAAAACGUGCAGAUACACCAAGUUGGCCAGACCAGGACUGGACAUCCCCUAUUGUAGAGGGUCAUUUGUAGAACAUACAGGGUGGCAUUGAACACUGAAGACCACUGGCUUUUGUAUUAAGGAGUUCUCGUACAAAUCUGACAUGCAUCAAAAAUACAUCUACAAUUUGAUCACUGUAAGUUAGGAUGUAAGAAGUUCUGUUUUAAUUAUUGUGCUGCCUUUCCUCCCAGUCUCGUUUGCCCAGGUGGAAUGAAUGCUUGCGGUUUUCUGCUGUUAUACAGUAAUAAAAAAUUAAAUGUACUGCACUGAGGAAAGACAUAUGCAGAUUUAUAUGACAUAAUAUAAAGAUUAUGCUGUAAAGAAUUUUAAGUCGUCCUAUUUAUAAUGUAUAAUGAGUCUUUUUAGGAAUAUCUUUCUGUUGCCAUAUUUGAGUCGAACUUAAUGUGUUUAUUUUGGGUCCUAGGAAGUGUAUUUUGUUUGACAUCUAUGUCUUGUAAAUGAGUAAACGUAUAAUGUGCUUGUAGGUAAUUCAUUUUUUGAAGUCUGUUUUUUUUACAGUUUGUUAAAAAAAUAAAGUUGCAUUUUUGGAAAA